AUGACUGAUUUCAAGCCGAGUCAAGGCCCCAAUGUUAGUGUCUCUGAGACAGAAUCUAUGCUGAGCCCUCCUGAGAGUUUCGGGUCACCUCUCAAAAGACGGCGAUCACAAUCUCUCUCAUCUUGCACCGAUUCUUUGGAGGUUGAUAAGGACCUGUUACCACGCAAGAAGAAACCUCCAUCGUUUCAAGAUCUCGAUCGGUUGAAUGACCACACGGGUCUCGAAGACUUUGGACAGAGCCUUCAGAAGGCUGCGAAUGCCAUAUUUCCCGCCAAUCAAACGUCUCGAUACAACAAAGUGGACGUUAUUCUCCUUUCCUGGGAAGAAGAGGAUCCCAAACUUCCUGUCUCCUUGGAGAUUCAGGAGCUUGCAGAUAUAUUUGAGUUCGUUUACGGCUACGACGUGGACAGAUGGCUGAUCCCAGCUAAAAAUUGCCACAACCGACUUCAAGGGAAGAUCUUGCAAUUUCUGGCUGCGGAUGAAGUAAACCAUCUCAAAAUCGUGUAUUAUGGUGGGCAUGGGAGGUUGACUAAUCAUGGUCAGCUGGCAUGGACUAGCUUCCGGGACAGUCAUAAGGAUCGCUGUCCGACGAUCAGAUGGUCUGGUAUCCAAAGCACUUUGGAAGAGUCUCAAUCUGACGUACUCAUACUUCUUGAUUGCUGCGCAGCUGGAGUGUGCACUACAGACGAAGGCAAUGGUGUGACGGAAAUGCUUGCUGCUUGUGCUUUCAACGUUAUUGCCAAUGGAGUUGGCCAGUUCUCAUUUACUCACGCACUCAAUGAAAAGUUGCGUCUCCUGUCAACUCUGCCAGGCUUCACUAUUGGAUACCUUUACAACGCAAUAUUUUCUUACAUCCAAAAUUGGCGACUUGAGGAUUCGCGUUUCAAAAAACCUCCGGUUCACCUCGUGUUGAGCCAGAAUCCAAAGUUGCCACCUAGCAUUCGUCUUGGGAAGCUGUCAAAAGCGAGAAACGACGAACAUGAAGAGCAAUUUCGAAAGCCAUCUCUCCCUUCUGGCCAAGGUGCCUCGAACUCGAGCUCCGUGGGGCUUGCGUCGAUGCCAUCUCCUGCACCGUCAAUUACUUUGAGUAGUCAGGCAGCUCUAAAUAUAGACAGCACGCCUGAAACAUCAUUAUCACCAGAGAACCAGUUGCCGGAUUGGCCUCGACUCCUUCUAAGUAUUCGAUUUUCUGAAACUGUCAAGCCCUCCGAAUUAUCAACCGAGUUGUUUGCAGAAUGGCUGAGAUCUGUGCCUGCAUUGGCAAAUGCAGUCAGAGUUGAAGCGGGGUUUGCAAGCGAUUCAACGCUGAUGCUCGUAUCGAUACCUGCGGGACUACUCGCUCAUCUUGCUUUUGAUCGAGCAAUCAAUCUAAUCGGUACGGUUCGAUCCAGGAAUCUUCUUGUAAGUCAUACCGAAGACGUUCAAAGGAUUUCGACAACAACGAGCUCUCAGGACAAAGUGGAUACAAAGGCAUCUUCGCAAGGGAAGUCUGGAAGCGAUGGCAGAAUGAAACUUUCCUCCGCAUCAACUGUGGUGUCUAAUCCAGCCACGAUAAAGCCUGAGAGCCGGUUUCUUUUGCCAUUAGCUCCCCCAACAUAUGGCGGAGAGGAUUUCAGGGAAUUCGAAUACCGGGAAUUGAUCGCGGGUGCUAUGAGAGCUAGCGUCAUUCCUAUUGACAAAUUGUACAACUUCUACCAGGAAAACGCUACCUCAGAGCAGCCUCCCUGGGAAGAUAUGCUAAUUCCUCGAGGACGCACUCUCAAACAGUGCAAAGACGCUUUCAACUCACUACAACAAGCUAGCGCAUCUAGGAAACGCAAGCCCGAUUCAAGCACGUUCGAUUAUCCAAGCCCCCCACUUAUGAAGAGACGACAAAUUGGAUUGGAGACUAUACCGGUUGCUCGAGACAUAAGGCCAAAGCCACCAAAUGGUGGAUCAAUGGUUUCUUCUACGCCGUACACACACUUAAAAAAGCGAGGUCGUCCUUCGAAAACAGAAGUUGAGCGCAGGAAUGUAGAAACGAUGGCAAAGGGUCUUGUUCCACCGGUCCAGACAGUAUAUGCGAGCGCAUUUUCAUCGCCCAUGAUGUCAAACACAGCCCCUGGGCUUGGAUCCUCAAGCCCUCAGCCAACAACGCAAAUAUAUGAUGCGCCACCAACCGGUGCUAAGGGUAAGGAAAGAAGACUCUCCAUGGACAGCAAUAUGACUGAUAUAACGGCGUCGGAGCCUCCCGCUUCGGUCUUCUCUCCUGCGUCCACUGAGAAUUGGGACGACAUUGGUAACGAGGGUGACGAAGAUGGUGAACAAGAUUCGGCGAUGCAAGAUUCCGGAUACGGGAAUUGA